AUGGCGAGAAGAACUAAGAGUCCCACUCCUCCUGGCUCAGAAAAUGACAAGGAUGAUGAAGAAGAGGAGGAUCAUCCUGAAUCACCGAGAGGCAAUACAACUCCCAAAUCCCCAACUCCAACCGACCCCAUCCAUAACAAAAUUCCAACCCCACCUCCAUCACCGAAACCAACAAUUGCAGUUUCGGUUCCUAUCGAUCAUCCACCUACUACUUCACAACCAACGAUUUCUUUACCACAAACUCCACCAGUUACCACUAUUCCAAUUUCUACAUCACCAUUCCCACCUCCCAUAAUUUCACAAUCAACCACCACUACUAUUCCUGACCCAACAGUGGAAGUCAACGUAUCUGAUACGGGGGCAACUGCUACAACCGAAACACCAGUCAUCACUAAACAUCUUUCACCUAUCAACUCAACUGAUUCUGGUGCCACUCUCGGUGGAGAAAAUGAAGAAUUUGACUCAACAUACUUUAGUCCAUAUCAGCUUCCUUCUGAUGAAGACAAUGAUGCUCCUAUCAACCGCCAACAUUUAUAG